AUGUCCGAAACCAUUGUCAAAUCGCCAUCAUUCCGUACCGUACACACCGGAAGAUUGGUUCUUCUCAACAACAAGCACUUGGCCGUUGUUGUCGAAAUCAUAGAUAACAAGAGAGUUUUGAUUGACUCUGUCGAUCCAGUUGUACCAAGACAAGCUAUUUCCUUGGACAAGGUUGUCUUGACCCCGGUUGUUCUUCCAGGCUUGACCAGAGGAGCCAGAACUGCCACCGUUGCAAAGAAAUGGAAGGCCUCCAACGUUGAUGCCCAAUGGGCCAAGUCUGGCUGGGCUAAAAAAUUGGCUUCUAGAGAAAGAAGAAGAGAAUUGACUGAUUUCGAGAGAUUCCAAGUCUUGGUAUUGAAGAAGCAAAGAAGAUACGCCACCAAGAAGGCUUUGGCUAAGGCUUAA